AAGUUCCAUGACCCUUAUCAGGACGUUCAUACAUCCAUGACACGACUGAGAGGAGGAAGGAAGCAGCUCACUAGCAACAGAGGACGCGUGGUGUUUGACCGGCAAUAAGGUUUUUUUUUCUUUUGAAACAACCACAACAAUGGAUCGAGUGAGGUCUGCCUUCAACAGCAUGAUGAAAAGUGAGCGGUACAGCAGGUUCACUCUGCAGCCGGCAGAGGAUGGAGAAAGACACGUUGAGGUCAAACUGUCGGAUGGCGCCACAGAGGCCGAGGACCAGGCCGGGGGAUCUCCCAGCUUCAGGCCAGCACCUCCUCGUCAGAAACGGAGUACUGUUUGCUACCUGGCCCUGGGGAUUCUGCUGAUAUUUGUCACCGGCUACGUGCUUGGUUACCUCUGUCACCGUGAAACUCAGGUGGAGUCGGUGAACUGUGGCACCGAGCCGGAAGGAACGACUGCUACGCCACCUGUUGUUACGCCACCUGUUGUUACGCCACCUGUUGUUACGCCACCUGUUGUUGUACCAGCUCCAGACGUUCCGCUGAACCAACUCCUCACACAGAAACUCACCAGCCAUGCGUUUGACCAAACUUUGAGGGACUUUGUCAUGCCCAGUUGUUCAGCAGGAAGUGAGGAAGACCGCAGUCUGGCAAACCGCAUCUUUGACCAAUUCAAGAAAGCGGAGAUGGAGCCCUGGACUGACAUCCACUACGUUCAGCUGCAGACACCAGACAGCAAGCGUCCAAACCGUGUCCUUUUUGGUGUAGAUGUCUAUGAGCCUAAAGGGUAUCUGGCUUACAGUGCUCCUAGGAAAGUUGAGGGCAAGCUGGUGUAUGGCAACUACGGCCGUCAGGAGGAUCUGGAUGUUCUGCAGAAGAAGAACAUUGAACUGAAAGGCAAUGUGUUGCUGCUCCGAGCUGGAAAGAUAAGCUUUGCAGAGCAGGUUGAUAAUGCUGCUACAAAGGGGGCCUCUGCUGUUCUAAUCUACCCUGACGCUCAAGAUUACACAUAUGUGGCGGACACGGCACUCUACGGACAUGUCCAUUUGGGUUCAGGCGACCCCUACACCCCUGGAUUCCCCUCCUUCAACCACACCCAGUUUCCUCCAACGCAGUCGUCCGGCCUCCCUAAAAUCCCAGCCCAGACUAUCACCGCCAACAUGGCUUCAGCUCUCCUACAGAAAAUUGGCGGCCCUGAACCAGAUGCGAGCAGCGGUUUUAAAGGCGGCCUCCCGUCAGUGGCUUACAGCCUGGGAGGCAGCGAGAACAUCACUGUCGAGGUGAACAACGUGCUGGUCAACAGAGAGAUCCACAAUGUGUUUGGAGUCAUAAAAGGAUUCACUGAUCCUGAUCGCUACGUUGUACUGGGAGCUCAGAGAGACGCCUGGGGUAAAGGUUUUGCCAAAGCCACUGUUGGCACCUCAAUACUGAUAGAGCUGGCCAAGGCUGUUCACGAGAUGGUGGAGAACGAUGGGUUCAGACCCAGGAGAAGCCUGGUGUUUGCAAGCUGGAGCGCCGGAGAGUACGGAAGUGUUGGCGCCACCGAGUGGUUGGAGGGUUAUAUGUCCUCUAUUGACAAACGUGUUUUCACCUACAUAAGCCUAGAUGGAGUGGUCAUGGGUCGUGGAAGCUUUAUGGCCUCAGCAAGUCCGCUGCUCCACAGCCUCCUCGAGACCACGAUGAGAGAGGUGAAGAGCCCUUUUGGCUCUGGCACUGUGUACGAUAUGGUGGGAACAAGUAACUGGGAGGCCAAAACACUGAGGCCAAUGUCAAUGGACGACCCCGCCUAUCCAUUCCUGGCCUUCUCUGGAAUUCCCUCCAUCUCUUUCCACUUCAUCUCUCCCAAUACUGAGGCCUACAGUUACUAUGGCACCAACCUGGACGACGUGGAUCGCCUCAAUUACGCAACCGGCCAUCUCACCAGUGAAACGGUGGCAGCGGCGGCACAGUUCGCCGGCCAGAUGGCUCUGCGACUGGUCCACGACCACCUGCUCAGCCUGGAUGUUGGCCGAUACAGCAGCGUCAUCACCAAGGCUGUGGUCCGAGUCUACAAACGCAUCAGCCAGCUCUCACAGUCUGGCCAGCUGAAGGGGGUGAAUUCCAACUGGCUGAAUCGUGCACGCGGCUCCUUCCAACGAGCUGUGAUGAGCAUCAAGACUGACAUCCAAAACACUGACUUAAGUGACAAGGAGGCCUGUCGGAUCCUCAACGACAGGAUCAUGAGUGUUGAGCACAGCCUUCUCUCUCCAUACGUGUCCCCCAUUGAGACUCCCUUCCGUCACCUCCUGCUGGGUCGGGGCUCCCACACUUUGGCAUCCAUCGCCGAGACCACCGACAUGGAGCAGCUCCACAUCCAGCUGGCCCUGGCCACCUGGAACCUGCAGGGAUGCGCCAACGCCAUGGAGGGCAACCUCUGGGACAUUGAUGAGGAAAUCUAAAGGAAGACGGGGGAGUUGUGAGCGUGGCUAUCGUGUGUGUUGUUUAAAAUGAAGUUUGAGGUAGGGCAGAGGGAGAAGCUCCAAUAUCGGCACUUAAGCACAAGCUGUCAAUCACAGGUCUAAGCCCCACCCUUUACAAAACAGGCUUGUACUUCCACAAAGAUCCAGGAGGAAAGAGAGAUGAACGUAUUCUUAACUGUGAACCAACAUCAAAUACUUGAAGAAAUAUUAAUGCUACUGACAAAUCUGCCUCCUCUCCUCCUGGCUCCACAUGGAACCAUUCAAAGCCUUUGCUGUGUCCUCUCGCCAUCGAAACACUGAGAAACCUUAUUUAUACUUUUUUAUUUUUUUUAUCAGUGGCAGUGCCCACUAUAAAGUUAUUGUUUGUCUUUUUAUACGACGUUAUCGGAAGCAGUGCCUUCCAUAAUUAUGACGGUUAUACUGUCUAAUCCUCCGGCAGCAUCUGCUACAGAAAUGACUCCUCAACUGUUGCUGACAAAAUGGAGCCCGUGUGAAAGUUCGAUUUUCAUUUUUUUAUGGCCUUCAUUUCUUCCAUUUAGUUUGAAGCCAUUUUCUAAAGGAACAUCAUCAAAGCAUGAGAAAGUGGCGUACAUUAGCGGUGCUUCACUCUGUCAUCAAAACGGUUAUUAAUUAAAAUGCAUUAAAAGGGAGAAAUGAAGGGCAGAAAAAAGUUGUUCCAGUCUGUCAUAAACAAGUCUAGGAGCAGAGAAAAAACUGAAACUCUGUGGAUAUUGGGAAAUUCUUAUUUCUAUAGCAACAAGCCCAGAAAUGAGUUAAGACUGGAUUUAUUCCGUGCUUAUAAAAUGCUAAAAAAUAAAUAAGUAAUGCACAAAAAAUGAUCAAAUCACCCUUUUUAGCGCAACAGCUAAGCUGAUUGGUUCCGUAAUUUGCAAGAAAGCCAUUUAUGUUGCACAGUCGACUUUUGGAGCAGUUUAUAAUAUGAUAAAGUUAUCGGGAGCAGUGUUUUCCAUAACUAAAACCCAUUAUCGGAAGCAGUGUCUUCCAUAAUGACAAGCAGUGAUGGUAGUUUUUGCCUACCAGUGUGUGUGAUUUUUGUGUGUGUGUGUGUGUGUAUUUAUCGGGAGCAGUGUCUCUCAUAUUUCACUGAAGGGUGGAACGACUUAUCGGGGACAGUGUUUCCCAGAGUUUUAUACUUAUAUAUUUUUUUUGUAUUAUGCGUGUGUGCACUUCUCCAUUUUUGCUCACAUUUCUGUACCAUGCUAUGAUUUUUCUUUUUUUUUUCUUUUUUUUUAGAUUUCCGAUUUUGCAUUUAAUCAAGCAACUCCAUACACAAACGCACACAGAAGAAUAUUAAAAUGAACUCUUUUCAGUAUAGUUAGAAACACACCUCUGUAGGGCUUGUUACCUCCAAUCCUCUCUUUGUUUUCUCUGUGUUAGUGACUUUAAAGACACAAUAGAUGUUGCACCUACAUAUAAAUUAAAUUCACAAGCUAUAACUCUCUUUGCAUGCGUUUCGAUGACGUAUUUCCUCUUCAAUGCAUGGUACUGUAUUGCUUUUGAUAAGGUGUAGCUCAACAGACUUGGACCAUAUUACGAACUUUUCAAAUCAGUUUAGGUUUAGAUACUAAACAAUAUUUUUGUUUAAUCAUUAUCUUCUUCUACAAGUUAAAUCACUGGUUUUCCUAGAAUAUUGGCAGGCCUUAGCAUUAGGAGGAACAUAAAACAGCAGUAAUAAUAUGGGGCUAUAGAUAAAUAUUCAACAAAGGUAACUAAUUACAACUUAUUGAACCUGUAUACAAUUGUAAGUACAGAAAGGUAAACUUGUUUAAAGAACAUUAUUAGUCAAUUAGCCCUAUUUAACCAGUGUAACUACAUUUAAAAUCCACUUUGUUUUAACAUACACUCAAGAGCAAACAGAACGUUACUGUAACUAUCAUAAUUUAGGUUAUUACAUGUUUGAAUACAUUUGUUUGUUUUCUGGUGUCACUUCUGUUGAGCUUGAUAUUGUUCUAGCCUGUUUUGACUUUCCUAUAUCUGUUAACAAGAGUUUAAAAUAAGGUUACUUUAUCCCGAGGGGGGGCAAGUUGGGUGGUUGGGAAAUGGCUUUUCCGCUCACUGUGUGUACUGCAGUGCUUCAAAACCUGUUCUUGAAAUCAUGUUUUUGUGAUCUCCAUGUUUAGCAGAAAAGUGUAAUAAACCCUUUUGGCUUUGCAUCCAGUAAA